UCUGAUCAAACUAAAGAGGCACAUCUGCACUCAAAUACUAAAUAAAGCACUGAAACUAAACAUUGUAGGAUUUCCAAAGCAAAGAUGAUCAAACAAAAAUCAACGAAAACUCCACCCAAAUCAGUGACAAAAACAGAUGAUCCAUUAUUGCCAAAAAGAGAACAGUCACCACCAAAACGUUUUUCCACUUUGUUUUUCGAGGAAAUAGAUUCCAGGUUUUAUCCUGAAGCAAGUGGAACAUCAGCCAUACAUGGAAUCAGUGUAUCGAAUGACAAUUUGAUAUGGGUAAAUUAUUUGAUAGGAUGCGUUCAGCUGCUAAAUACUUCAGGCAAAAUCCUCCGAACUAUUGACUUAGAUCACAGUCCGGUGUUUAACUAUUGCACUCCCUCAGGAGACCUCCUGGAAACACAAGGAUACGCCGGAGUUGCAAAACCUGUCAUAACAAUGAUAUCUCGAGAUGGAAACAGCCGGCUAUUCGUCGAUCUCUCAUCAUAUGCUACAAACCUGUGUGGAAUUCUCUGUGAAAAUGAAGCAAUAUUUGUGUUGCAUAUUCUAGCAAAGCUGAAGAUGAUGGCUCUUUCAGUAAUUUCAUUAUCAAACUUAGUAUGAGUGGAGAAGUUGAGGGGGUAUUCAACACUGAAAAAGGCUGUGAUGACAUAAAUCACAUCAUUUCACUUAAUGGUCAAAUAAU